UUGAAGCAGGCUGAAGAAUCCGAGAAGAGAUACAGAAGAGGUCAGCCACUGGGUGUUUUAGAUGGAAUUCCUAUUGCAGUAAAAGACAACUUUAAUACAGCUGGCAUUGAGACAACAUGUGCAUCAAACAUGCUAAAAGGUUAUAUUUCUCCUUACAAUGCUACAGUAGUUCAGAAAUUACUGGAUCAGGGAGCUGUGCUUUUAGGAAAAACAAACUUAGAUGAAUUUGCAAUGGGAUCUGGGAGUACAGAUGGAGUAUUUGGACCAGUCAGAAAUCCAUGGAGUUAUUCAAGGCAGUACAAGGAAAAAUCUGUCCCAAAAUCCCAUUCUGAGGACGAAGAGUCUAACUGGGUGAUAACGGGAGGGAGCUCAGGAGGCAGUGCAGCAGCUGUAUCAUCUUUCACAUGUUUUGCAGCCUUAGGGUCAGACACGGGAGGAUCCACCAGAAACCCGGCUGCUCACUGUGGUGUAGUAGGUUUAAAGCCAACAUAUGGACUGAUCUCUCGCCAUGGUCUCAUUCCCCUAGUGAACUCCAUGGAUGCGCCAGGAAUCCUAACCAGAUGUGUGGAUGAUGCAGCAGUUGUGUUAGGUUUGCUUGCUGGACAUGAUCCUAAAGACUCUACCACAGUUCAGGACAACUUUAAGCCAUUUGAACUACCCAAUCUGACUGAUGUCAGCAAGCUCUCAAUAGGAAUUCCAAAGGAAUAUCGUGUACCAGGGCUUUCUAGUGAAAUUCUGUCUCUCUGGUCAAAGGCUGCUGACCUCUUUAAGAAUGCAGGUGCUAAAGUAAUCGAAGUGAGUCUGCCACACACUUGUUACUCAAUUGUCUGCUAUCAUGUGCUGUGCACAACUGAAGUGGCAUCAAAUAUGGCCAGGUUUGAUGGACUGGAAUAUGGACACCGUUCUGACAUGAACAAGUCCACAGAAAGUAUGUAUGCUGCGACACGACGAGAAGGCUUUAAUGAUGUUGUCAGGGGAAGAAUUCUAUCAGGAAACUAUUUCUUGUUGAAACAGAACUAUGAGAAUUACUUUAUCAAGGCACAGAAAGUCAGACGUCUCAUUGCCAAUGACUUUGUGAAGGUUUUCGGGAGCGGUGUUGAUAUUUUACUCACUCCUACCACUCUGAGUGAUGCGGUACCGUACAAGGAGUUCAUCAAAGAAGACAACAGAACCCGCAGCGCACAAGAUGACAUCCUAACACAGGCUGCAAACAUGGCUGGACUGCCAGCCAUAAGUGUUCCUACUGCUCUUUCAGAGAGAGGCUUGCCAGUUGGGCUUCAGUUCAUUGGACGUUCAUUCCAGGAGAAGCAGCUUCUGACUGUGGCCAAAUGGUUUGAAAAACAAGUAAAAUUCCCAGUGAUUCAGCUAGAAGAAGUGAAGAGGCAUAACCAUGGUGUCUUUCAGCAUCAGAAAUCUGCUUCUUUUUCAUAACAUGGGACUUCCUAGUCAGCUAAAUCAAGAAGACUGUGGGGAUGGUCUAAAAAAUUAAUUACUGCA